AUGCCUGGAACCGGCGGCAUCACGGACGAGGUGGCGAUUGAGAGCCAUGAUCUGAUCCACGACGCCGAGCUCGAGGAGCAAAAGCUUCAUGGCAGCCAUGCCCUCACCAAUGAGGAUCCUGGCCCAGCGGAGAGGGCCAACCUCGGCCAGGCUCCGCCUAGCAGUUCGAAGCCGGCCCACAAGGAGUCAACAAUGGACAAGGUCAAGGAGGCAUUACACAUGAAAAAAUGA